AUGUCUCUCCCCUUACGAGCUGUGGGCCGUGAUGGCCCGCAAGCGUCUGCUAUUGGUCUGGGGUUCGGAAGUUUGAGCGGAUCCUAUGGUGCACCCGGUAGUCUUGAUGAAAGAAUCACCCUUCUAGACCAUGCACAUGCUACAGGACUCCGGUUUUGGGAUCUAGCAGAUAUUUACGGGGAUAGUGAGGAUGUCGUGGGGGAAUGGAUCAAGCGAUCUGGGAAGCGAGAGGACGUAUUUCUUACUACUAAGUUUGGACUUCAGCACCGCCUAGAUGGGAAACCAGGAUGGGUUUUUCGGUCCGAUCCCGAAUAUGUCAGGGUUGCUUGUGAAAAGAGUCUGCAAAGGCUGGGGGUCGACAGCAUUGAUCUCUACUAUUGCCAUCGAGUAGAUGGGGUGACGCCCAUUGAAAAAACGAUAGAAGCUAUGGUGGAACUCAAGAACCAGGGCAAGAUUCGGAACAUCGGCCUGUCCGAAGUCUCAGCCAACACGCUGCGCCGCGCGCAUGCUGUCCACCCUAUCGCGGCCCUACAGAUGGAAUAUAGCCUUUUCACUCUCGACAUCGAAUCUUCAACAUCGGAAAUUCUAACCACAUGCCACGAGCUGGGCAUUACCAUUGUGGCCUUUAGCCCUAUUGGACGUGGUAUUCUGAGCGGUCAAUUUCAGUCUCAGGGAGACAUUCCCGAGAACGACCUUCGCCGCUUUUUGCCCAAGUAUUCAGAGAAGAACUUCCCCGAGAUCUUGAAGCUAGUGCAAGGGUUAAGAGAGGUAGCUAAGGCGCAUGAGGCCACUCCGGCACAAAUUGCUCUUGCCUGGCUAUUAGCGCAAGGGCUAAAUUUUAUCCCCAUCCCCGGCACGAAAUCGGCUGCGAAAAUGGACGAGAACGCGGCUGCUGCGGGGCUUCAGUUGAGCGAGGAAGAGGUGCAAUGGAUUCAUGGCCUGGCGAAGCAAGCUGAAAUUGAAGGCCUUCGAUAUCCUGCUGCAACGAUGGCAAUUCUCUGUACAGAUACCCCGCCACUGUAG